CAAUUUUAUCUGCAGUAAAAAUGUAUUUAAACUGUGAUUUUCUAACUUUUCGAAUUCUUUCCAGUGACUAAUAUAGGCGACGCCACUGAUUUAUAUCAAGAAAGACAGGUUUUUAGUAUAAAGUAGUGCAUGUAAUUAAUUUUUCUAACAAAUUAAAAAGUCUUUAACCCAAUAACAGCUAUUAAGUUGAAUUCACUAAUUAAAGUACAACUCCAUUGAUAAGAUAAUAUUAAAAUAUUUGCCCAAAACCCAGAUAUAAAAACUCGUUACUCGAAUCCAUUUUCAGUCAUUUUGUUAAAAUGUCGAAUAAAAACUUUGGUGUCUUAACAAUUACCUUGCUGGUAUUUUGCGCAGUUCUUGGAGUCAAUUCACAUAACGAUAAUCCGGGACAGUUACCAACGAAUUGUGCUGAAGCAUUAAGAAAUUAUAAAAAUAGUGGCAUCUAUCAAAUUUAUAUACCAAAAUCAGGACUUAAGCCAUUUUACGUAUACUGUCUGAGAGAUCCAAAUAAUGGUCCCGGUUGGACAAUUGUCAACAGACGUCAAGAUGGUUCUAUAAAUUUCAAUCGCAAUUGGAUUGACUAUAAAGUCGGUUUUGGUAAUCUGGAAGGCGAAUACUUUAUUGGAUUGGAGAAGUUAUAUGCAUUGACAAAUAAUGGAAUUCAGGAAUUAUGGUUUCAGUUGGAGGAUUUUGAAAAUGAAACCCGUUCGGCAUUUUAUAGCAGUUUUGCUAUUGAUGAUGAGAGUUCGAAAUACUCAUUAAGUAUGGUUGGUAAAUAUUUCGGCAAUGCAGGAGACUCUUUUACUGUUCACGCUGGUGCAAAGUUUUCAACAAAAGAUAAUGAUAAUGAUACUUGGGAUGGAAAUUGUGCGGAUCACUAUACAGGCCCCUGGUGGCAUAAAGCCUGUCAUCAAAGCAAUAUGUUUGGACAGUAUUUACGUGGAUCGUACUCUAACGAUAAAUACGCACAAGGUGUUAACUGGAAUGCUUGGCACGGCUUUUACUAUUCACUCAAAUACACUCACAUGGCAAUACGCCCUGUUCGCAUAUAAAUUCAUUGGCCAUGCGAGUGGAACAGAUGUUAAGAACCAACAAAUAGUCAUUUAAUGUUCUAAAAAAAAUGGAAAAUAAAAGUAAAUUUUUUCUGUAUUAUUGUAAAAAAGAA